UAUUCGUUCUGAAUCUUUUGGUGCUCUCUUUCAUUGCUUGGCAACUUAAAAUAGUAAAUAGGUGCUAAUUUGGUUAAACCAUCUUUGGAAUAUUCUCUAUCGAAUGAUUUGAGUCUAAUUUAAAUCGGCGCAGUAGUUUUUGAGUUAUAACCGAACGAACAUAAAAGCACUUUGCUCUUUAUAUAUGUAUAUGUAUACCAGAGAUAGAGAUGUUGCAAAAUUUGAAACCUAUACUGAGGCACUUGUCUGUUAGGCUCUGUUAGGCAAUAUAAGUUAGAAGACGGUUUUUAACACAAACUGUGGAAAAUCUGUUUAAAACGUUAUUGGGUAUACUAACAAGAACUGCCAGCGAUACAACAAGCGGAGAUAUUUCAAAAGAAGACAAAAUAAAAGGACAAAUAGAAGACUUAUUGGACAAACUACCAGAAGAAUUCAAUAUGCUAGAACUUUACAGCAAGGUGGAAGAUCGUACACCAUUUGUCACAGUUGCUUUACAAGAAUGCGAACGCAUGAAUCUACUGUGUGAAGAACUUAGAAGGUCCCUGCAAGAAUUAGAGUUAGGCUUAAAAGGAGAAUUAACUAUUAAUGCUGAGAUGGAAGAUCUACAAAAUUAUAUAAUGAUGGAUGCUGUUCCGCCGUCUUGGACAAAAAGAGCUUGCCCUUCAGAAUUAGGAUUAAACAGUUGGUUCACGGAUAUGUUGUAUCGAAUAAAUGAAUUAUCUAAUUGGACUGCUGAUUUUAACUUACCAUCGUCGGUAUGGCUAGGUGGUUUUUUCAAUCCUCAAUCAUUUCUAACUGCAAUUAUGCAACAAACCGCACGCAAAAAUGAAUGGCCAUUGGACAAAAUGUGUUUAUAUUGCGAAGUACUGAGAAAAACCAAAGAAGAAAUCACAUCGGCACCAAGAGAAGGCGCGUAUAUAAACGGAUUGUACAUGGAAGGUGCACGAUGGGACGUUCAAACAGGAUGUAUCAUGGACUCUAGAUUUAAAGAAUUGUUUCCAUUAUUGCCAAUUAUGUAUAUUAGGGCGAUUACACAGGACAAACAAGAUUUAAAGAAUAUGUAUGAAUGUCCUGUGUAUAAAACACGAUCGCGAGGUCCUACUUACGUGUGGACGUUCAAUUUAAGAACUAAGGAGAGAGCUAGUAAGUGGAUUCUUGGUGGAGUGGCAAUUCUAUUACAAAUCUAAUUUUAUAAAUUAAAUUAUGGACUAAAUAUGCAAUUAAAAUAAAGAUUUUCGAAAUUGUCAAA